UGGUUAUGUGGCGGAAGAAUCCUAACUGUAACAUGUUCUCGUGUGGGACACAUGUUUAAAGAAAAUAAGUAUGGUUUUGAUGGCGAUAAAUCAACUGUCAUACGAAAAAAUCUGAUGAGAAUAUCAGACAUUUGGUUAGACGAAUAUAAAUGGAUAUUCGAUGCAGUGUCAAGAGCAUUCGGACCCGAUCCAGUAAUGACACACGCUGAACUCAAGUCAAGGAUGGCUAGAAAACAAUUGAGGCGAAAAUUAAACUGCAAGCCCUUUAAAUGGUUUCUGGACCACAUCAUGCCUGAGAUUAAAGUGCCUUCUUACUCUGAUGAUUAUUUUGGAGAACUGACUAAUUAUAAAACAGCAUUAUGUUGGGCUCCACUAGAAGAUGGGUACAUUGGUAUAACAUAUGAUUGUUUUAAACACAGAAUAUUGCCAGAAAAUCAUUUCAGUUUGGAUUUUCGAGGUCGACUUGGGCACGAUCAUCAAUGUGUUUAUAUGGACAAACAUACUUUGUUGUUAAAGAAACAGCCCUGUGAAUGUCUUACUGACUCUAACCGUGCUGUUUGGUCUUUUCAUCAGAUCAAGGAAUAUGCUGGACAACUACUUUAUGAGUUCGAUGGUAGAUUCUGGUGCCCAGUCCAUGUUACAAAUAUUGCAGGCAUCCACUAUAAAGAACAAAUGGUUCAAAUGCAUCAAUGUAAUUCAUCCGAUCCCUAUCAAAUCUGGUCUUUCACUUACACUUUAGUUAAAUAA